CGAAGGAACACGGUAGAGGCCACCUGCUGCCCAGUCAAGACUGACAUCAUGGAGCCAAAGGCAGCCCGAUCUCGGAGGAGAGCAGGGUCCAGAAGAGAGCAGGAGAACCAACCCCCGGCAGGAGGAAAUGCUGAGGCACUUGAAGGCCCUGACUUGGUGCAAUGGACCCAACAUAUGGAGGCUGUGAAGGCGCAGCUGCUGGAGCAAGCACAGAGACAGCUGCAGGAGCUGCUGGAUCGCGCCAUGUCGGAGGCGGUACAAUCCUACCCAUCACAAGGCAGACCUCUGCCCACCAUUCCUCCAGGCUCUCUGAACAAUACCCAGGAGCCAUCUCUGAAGAAACGUAAAGUCUUUAUCAUCCGCAAGUCUCUGCUUGACGAGCUGAUGGAGGUGCAGCACUUUCGGACCAUCUACCACAUGUUCAUCGCCGGCCUGUGCGUCUUCAUCAUCAGCACCCUGGCCAUCGACUUCAUUGACGAGGGCAGGCUGAUGCUGGAGUUCGACCUAUUGAUCUUCAGCUUCGGACAGCUGCCCUUGGCUCUGAUGACCUGGGUCCCCAUGUUCCUGUCCACUCUGCUGGCGCCCUACCUGGCCCUCCGGCUGUGGGCGAGGCCGCAGGCCAGCGGGGCCUGGACGCUGGGGGCGGGCCUGGGCGGCGUGCUGCUGGCGGCUCACUCCGCGGUGCUCGGCAUACUCCCGGUCCACGUGGCUGCGAAGUACCAGCUGCCGCCAGCCUCCAGCUGCGUCCUAGUCUUUGAGCAGGUCAGACUCCUGAUGAAAAGCUACUCCUUCCUGAGAGAGGCUGUGCCUGGUAUCCUUCGUGCCAGAGGAGGAGAGAGGGUCCUGGCCCCCAGUUUCUCCAGCUACCUCUAUUUCCUCUUCUGCCCCACACUCAUCUACAGGGAGACUUACCCCAGGACACCCAACAUCAGGUGGAAUUAUGUGGCCAAGAACUUUGCCCAGGCCCUGUGCUGCGUCCUGUAUGCCUGUUUCAUCCUGGACCGCCUCUGUGUUCCUGUCUUUGCCAACAUGAGCCGGGAGCCCUUCAGCACCCGAGCCCUGGUGCUCUCGGUCAUGCAUGCGACAUUGCCAGGCAUCUUCAUGCUGCUGCUCAUCUUCUUUGCCUUCCUCCACUGCUGGCUCAAUGCCUUCGCGGAGAUGCUACGAUUUGGAGACAGGAUGUUCUACCGGGACUGGUGGAACUCCACGUCCUUCUCCAACUACUACCGAACGUGGAAUGUGGUGGUCCACGACUGGCUGUACAGCUACGUGUACCAGGACGGGCUGUGGCUCCUUGGUGGCCAGGCCCGAGGGGCAGCCAUGCUGGGCGUGUUCCUGGUCUCUGCAGUCGUCCAUGAGUACAUCUUCUGCUUUGUCCUGGGCUUCUUCUACCCUGUCAUGAUGAUACUCUUCCUUGUCAUUGGAGGACCGAUGAACUUCAUGAUGCAUGACCGGCACAAGGGUCCAGCGUGGAACGUGCUGAUGUGGACCAUGCUGUUUCUGGGCCAGGGCAUCCAGGUCAGCCUGUACUGCCAGGAGUGGUUUGCACGGCGGCACUGCCCCUUGCCCCAGACAACCUUCUGGGGGCUGGUGACACCUCGAUCUUGGUCCUGCCAUACCUAGAGGUCAGGGCACCAUCACUGUCCUGAUGACACCAAGUUCUUCUCUGCCUGCAAAGCCUGGGACCAGGUCUCAUCUCUCUGCACUCGAAGACGUAGUUCUGAGGCAAGGGGGCCUAGCAUGCAUGGCCCCACCAGGGAACUCCAGGGGCUCAGAUCUGUGGGCCUGUAAACAGCUGAGCACAGACCCAGAAUGGUGAUGGCUCUUGAGCCUCCACCCCCAUAGACUGGGCACAGGGCCCCCUCCCACCCCAUGGCUGUCCAGAUUUGAGGAGACUUGAAGAGACUCACAUAUUUGGUGAGUGUGGGGUGACUUAGAGAGACCUGUGACCGCUGAGGUCUGAGAAGGGUUUUGGGGUUUUUUGUAUUUCCAACACACUAAUAAACUG